ACGAUGGACCCGCUCCCCGCAGCUCGUCCUAAUCUCCACUUUUCGUCCUCCUUCGAAGCUCACCUGCAAGAAGUCGAAGUCGAGCGCCUCCCGCGGAGAGGAGAGAGCAACUGUUCGGCAGCAGAGCCAUGGCGGAUCCUAGACCAAGCCUUUCCUCGUCUUCUCUUGACGCUGGCAAGAAGGACUACUCCACUGCCAUUCUGGAGCGUAAGAAGUCUCCUAAUCGUCUGAUCGUGGACGAAGCGAUCAAUGAUGACAAUUCUGUUGUUUCCAUGCACCCUUCCACAAUGGAGAAGCUUCAGUUGUUCAGAGGAGAUACAAUUUUGCUCAAGGGCAAGAAGCGGAGAGACACAGUUUGUGUCGUGCUUGCUGAUGAACAAUGCGAAGAACCAAAAAUCAGGAUGAACAAAGUUGUUCGAGCUAACCUCAGGGUACACCUUGGAGACGUAAUAUCCGUCCAUCAAUGUCCUGAUGUGAAGUACGGAAGGAGGGUUCACAUUCUUCCAAUUGAUGAUACCAUUGAGGGAGUGACUGGCAACUUGUUUGAUGCAUAUUUAAAGCCUUAUUUCUUGGAAUCUUACCGCCCUGUGAGGAAAGGUGAUCUUUUCCUUGUUAGAGGUGGUAUGAGAAGUGUUGAAUUUAAAGUAAUAGAGACAGACCCUGGUGAAUACUGCAUUGUCGCACCAGAUACUGAGAUCUUCUGUGAAGGAGAGCCCAUCAAGCGUGAGGAAGAGGAGAGACUGACUGAAGUUGGUUACGAUGAUGUUGGUGGAGUGAGGAAACAAAUGGCUCAGAUACGUGAGCUUGUAGAACUUCCUCUUAGACAUCCACAGCUGUUCAAGUCCAUUGGUGUGAAACCCCCCAAGGGUAUCCUGCUUUAUGGGCCACCAGGAUCUGGAAAAACUUUGAUUGCAAGGGCUGUAGCUAAUGAAACUGGUGCAUUCUUCUUCUUAAUCAAUGGACCUGAAAUUAUGUCAAAAUUAGCUGGUGAGAGUGAAAGCAACUUGAGGAAGGCUUUUGAGGAAGCCGAAAAGAAUGCUCCUGCAAUCAUUUUUAUUGAUGAGCUAGACUCCAUUGCGCCAAAGAGGGAAAAAACACAUGGUGAAGUGGAAAGGCGGAUUGUUUCUCAACUUCUGACCCUAAUGGAUGGUCUUAAAAGCAGGGCUCAUGUGAUUGUCAUUGGAGCUACCAAUAGACCAAAUAGCGUUGACCCUGCUUUGAGAAGAUUCGGAAGAUUUGAUCGGGAAAUUGAUAUUGGCGUACCAGACGAGGUUGGGAGGUUGGAAAUUCUCAGAAUCCAUACGAAGAAUAUGAAGCUUGCAGAUGACGUUGAUCUAGAAAGAGUGGCAAAAGAUACUCAUGGUUAUGUUGGUGCGGAUCUUGCUGCUCUUUGCACUGAGGCUGCUCUUCAAUGUAUCCGUGAGAAAAUGGAUGUGAUUGAUCUAGAAGACGAAACCAUUGAUGCAGAAAUUCUGAACUCGAUGGCCGUGACAAAUGAACACUUCAAAACUGCUCUUGUAGCUUCCAAUCCCUCAGCCUUGCGAGAGACGGUUGUGGAAGUUCCAAAUGUCUCCUGGGAUGAUAUUGGUGGACUGGAUAAUGUCAAAAGAGAACUUCAAGAGACUGUCCAAUACCCAGUGGAGCAUCCUGAGAAAUUUGAGAAAUUUGGCAUGUCACCUUCGAAGGGUGUUCUCUUUUACGGUCCUCCUGGUUGUGGGAAAACACUUCUAGCAAAAGCAAUUGCUAAUGAAUGCCAGGCAAAUUUUAUAAGUGUUAAGGGUCCCGAACUACUGACAAUGUGGUUUGGAGAAAGUGAAGCAAAUGUGAGAGAGAUUUUUGACAAGGCGAGGCAAUCUGCUCCUUGUGUUCUUUUCUUUGAUGAACUUGAUUCCAUUGCAACUCAGCGUGGAAGUUCUGUGGGUGAUGCUGGUGGUGCUGCAGAUAGGGUUCUGAAUCAGCUUCUAACGGAAAUGGAUGGAAUGACAGCCAAAAAAACAGUUUUCAUAAUAGGGGCAACAAAUAGGCCAGAUAUCAUUGACCCAGCAUUGCUCAGGCCUGGACGAUUGGACCAACUAAUUUAUAUUCCUCUGCCUGAUGAGGCUUCUCGUCUCCAGAUUUUCAAAGCAUGCUUGAGGAAGUCCCCUGUCUCUAGAGAUGUCGACUUGGCAGCUCUUGCACGUUAUACACACGGUUUCAGUGGUGCCGAUAUCACUGAAAUAUGUCAGCGUGCUUGCAAGUAUGCUAUUAGAGAAAAUAUCGAGAAGGAUAUUGAAAGAGAGCGACGGAAGAGAGAGAACCCUGAAGCAAUGGAAGAGGAUACUGUUGACGAUGUCUCCGAAAUUAAGGCAGCGCACUUCGAGGAGUCGAUGAAAUACGCACGUCGAAGUGUCAGUGAUGCGGAUAUCCGGAAAUACCAACUCUUUGCUCAGACUCUGCAGCAAUCCCGUGGUUUUGGAUCCGAGUUCCGGUUCCCUGACCGUCCUGAGAAUGCCGCUGCAGGAGGAGCUUCCAACCCAUUUGCUUCUGCCAAUGCUGCUGGAGAUGAUGAUGAUCUGUACAGCUGAGCUUUAGACAAAUGUGUGCGGGCAGAGCUACUUCUUAUGCACCAUGUCAGUGUGAACCCCAUUUCAUAAUAAACUAGCAGCACCGAUCUAAGGCCUCGCAUGGAAUGCGAUACCGUCUCCCUGGCGUUUAUAACAGUGAGUAAUACUUACUUUUUUCGCCUUUUUCCAGAACUGGAGUUGCUAAUCUGUGUCCAGGAUUGCAACUCUUGGUGAGUUUAUACUUUACUCGAAUGUAAAUAGUAAGGACAUGGGAAGUUUUUCCUUUCCUUAAGCAUGUGGCCUGUGACCAAUACUUGGAAAAGGUGUGAAUGUUCUUUCUAGCUGUACAAUAAAUAAAGUGGCCCUUUUGCCAAAAGCACUGCAGCGAGAAACAGGGCUUUAUGGGUACAU